UGACAAUGGAGAACUCGACGUCGUUUAAGAGAAAAAGCGUUGUUGAUAGACGUGCCUAGAAGAUUGAAGGAGAGGCAGUGCCGUUUUGUUUUGAUGAGUAUGGUUUUUAAACGUCGUUUCGAUAAAAAGUGCCCAAAACGGUGACGCUGAUGACCUUCUACUGAUCUGAAAACUGUGACUAAAACUCUUUAACUCACUAGUAUUCCACGCAAUAAAUACGCUGAUUGAUUCGUUUGUUCCGUUCCAUUUCCAUGUCAUUGGCAUCAUCAUUCUCGAUGCUCCGGCACCGCGCGGUGGCUUCCGCCGCUCCUCUCCUCCUGCGCCGCUUCCGGUCACUCCCAAUUUCCGGCCGGCAGCAGCAAAACCCUAACAAGCAAGCCGCCCCGAGCCGCAACCUUCUGAAGGCGAAAAAAACGUUGAAGGAGUUUUCCUCUCUUGCCCCUGUCCUCUCCCUGGAAGACAGCCCCCCGCUCACGGAAUCACAGGCCAUCGGCGUCGUGGCGGCGUCGCAGGCGAACUUCAUGCGCGUCAUCGUUCCCGAAAACGACCAGCCUCCUUCUUCUGGAAGCUUCCGCGGGGUGGAGCUUCUCUGCGUGGUGAGGGCGCUGUUAAAGAAGAUUAAGCGCAGGGUCAUGGUCGGGGACAAGGUUCUUGUCGGUUCCGUGGAUUGGGUGGAUCGCAGGGGAUGGAUUGAGAACGUCUUCCACCGAUCUUCUGAGAUUCUUGACCCUCCCGUUGCCAACGUCGACCACCUUCUCGUGUUGUUCUCGCUCGAACAACCCAGACCUGAACCGUUUACCCUCACGCGCUUUCUUGUCGAAGCUGAAUCCACCGGAAUCCCUCUCACGCUGGCACUCAACAAGACCGAGCUUGUGGAUCAAGAGGUCAUUAGUUCGUGGAAGGCCAGGCUGCGUAGCUGGGGCUAUGAGCCGGUUUUUUGCAGCGUUGAAUCUGGACAUGGACUUGAUCUUCUUGCAUUCAAGUUGAGGGAUCAAACGACAGUGAUUGUGGGGCCUAGUGGAGUUGGGAAGUCUAGUUUGAUAAAUGCCCUUAGAAGCAAUCCUUCUGAUGUUGCGGAAGGGGAGAAUUGGUUUGAGCCUAUUUCUGGAAGCAAGUGGCUUGAGGAUCAACGGGUUGGGGAGGUUUCCACGAGAAGUGGUAGAGGAAAGCAUACUACUCGCCAUGUCUCUUUGCUUCCAGUAUCUGGAGGGGGCUUUCUUGCUGAUACUCCUGGAUUUAACCAACCUAGUUUAUUGAAAGUGACAAAGCAGUCUCUUGCACAGACCUUUCCUGAAAUUAGGAAAAUGCUCAGUGCGAAGGAGACCGAGAAAUGCUCAUUUAACAAUUGCUUGCAUCUGGGAGAACCUGGGUGCAUUGUGAAGGGAGACUGGGAAAGAUAUUCAUUCUAUUUUCAACUUCUGGAUGAAAUCAGAAUCAGGGAAGAGUUCCAACUUAGGACAUUUGGAACUAAAAGAGAAGGGGACGUCAGGUUGAAAAUGGGAGAUAUGGGUGUUCAGCAAGCGGAACCACGGUUGGAACCUAAAAAGCACAGGAGACAAUCUAGGAAGAGGAUUAACCAAUCAAUUUUAGACGACUUAGAUGAUGACGAAGACGACGACAUUGAUGAGGAAAAUGAUCCCAUUUUAAGGGCGCUACGUAAUGAAAACUCUUAGAAUUUCGUUAGCCCCCAAAGUUCUCAUUGUAAAUAGUUGCUUUCCAUGCGAUGUAUAUCUCGGAGUGAGCUAAGUUCCUAUCAAUGAAGUUCAUUUGUGUUUUUGUUUGA